AGCGCUCACGAGAGUAAGACGCGCGUACGCUGAUUAAACCGAGUAUUAAAAAAAGUAUCGAUAUUUCUUUCGUUUUUGUUUGUGAAAAUGGCUCCGUCCGCGAAUCAAGUCGUGGGUAUUGAUGAUGACCAACGUUUCGCCUUAAUGAAGUUCCGCAGAAGCGUAAAAGAUGUGAUGAAACCGGAACACAAUGAUCAUUAUCUCUUGCGAUGGCUUCGAGCCCGACAGUGGGACCCGGUGGCUGCUGAAAAAAUGCUUAGAGACUCUCUAAAAUGGCGGGAGAAGUGGGGCAUCGACACGACACUUCAUACUUGGCAAGCCCCAGAAGUAUUAGAAAAGCAUUUCCCUAGCGGCAGCACUGGAUUUGACAAAGAAGGUUCACCAGUAAUCAUCGUUCCAUUCAUGGGGCUGGACGUGUGGGGCCUGCUCCACUCCGUGACGAAGACUGACGUGAUCCGCAUGAUCCUGAGGCACCUGGAGAACUACCUCACGAUCGCCAGGAAGCAAGCUGCGGAACACGGUCCUGCUGCCCUGAAGGUCACAGUAAUAUUCGACUUGGAGGGCUUCAACAUAAAGCAGUACGCGUGGAAGCCGGCCGCCGAGAUGGUGUUCACCUUGCUGCAGCUGUAUGAAGCUAACUACCCGGAGAUCUUGAAGAUCUGCUAUAUUAUUAAUGCGCCAAAAGUAUUCUCUCUAGCAUUCUCGGUGAUCAAGAAGUUUAUGCACGAGUACACGAUAUCCAAGAUCAAGAUCUACAGUUCUGACGCCAAGAAGUGGCAGCCGCAGGUCCUCAGUAUGGUGGACAAGGAGCAGCUGCCCCAGCACUAUGGCGGGACCAUGGUGGAUGAGAAUGGAGACCCGAGAUGCGGGCUUAUUGUGAAGCCAGGCGGUAAAGUUCCUAAGAGCUACUACAAUAGUAAUCCCACGGAUGAGACUGACAAGGACUACAGGCGAGUCACCAUCAAGACUGGAGAGAAGCACGUCGUCGACCUACUGUGUAUGGACAACGACAGUGUUUUGAAAUGGGAAUGUGGAGUAGACCAGCACGAUAUUAAGUUCAUUAUAAAGCGUCGUGACGAGGAAGGUAACGAGACCAUCGUGCACGGCCCCCGGAAGAUCACCGAGGGUCCAACUGACGUCGGGAUCCUAGAAGCUUCUGGACCUGCCACAUAUUCAAUUAUAUUCGACAACAAGAGCGCGUUCCUUCGCAGCAAGAAGGUGUAUUACCACGUUAUUAUAACGGUCCCCACAAGGGACCUCAACAUAAGUGAUGAACCGACUUGA